UCGAAAGAGAGAGAAAAGGAUCUUUCUCGCUAUGACCUUUGAAUGGAUAAACACAGGACUAAAGUGAUAAAGUUUAAAUAUAAAUAAAUAUAAGUAACAGAUUUCGCCUACGGUUUCGCAUUUUAAACGACACACGAGAGAGGAUUAUUUAACUCACCGUUACGAGCGUUUCAAUCCUGGCCUUUUCGAAAAAAAUCUAUUUUUUGUAUGAACGGUGAUCGUUCCUUGAAUUUGGGAAACAGGCAUAGUUAUGGUUAUUGUUUUAUGCACGCGGUUAAACACGGCGAUCGAGGUUGAACGAUCACGCGAAAUUUAUGCUAACUUGAGAAGCAUAUUGAUAAUCUUAGAAAUGGAACAAUCUCAGGAUUACAAAAGCGAGAAAAAUAUAAAGCUUCGUUUAUCAGAUGAGAUGAGUUUCGACCGUUUUCUGUAUGAGGGUACAGGCUAUCUGAGCAUGAUAAAUAAUUUGAACAGUUGGGUCACGCCGAAUAACACGAAGAAUGUGAUUUUGCGAAAGACUUUGAACACUCUCGGAAGGGUACAAUUUCAAUACAAAAGGAUGCUACGUAUGCGUAAUCUACUCCUUAACGGAAUAGUAGCGAAUGAUAUUCGGGAAGAUAUCGUUAUUUCUACUGAUAACGUGGUUCGAGAAACCGACGAGCUGAGAAUCGGUACCGCAAAUGAAUACGACAUAGAUGAGUACGAAGUAAUUGGAUUUUAUGAUUGGCAAAGUGAAACGAAGAUACGCACCGCUUUGAUGGAGAUGAUCAAUUUGCUGAUCGACAAGAUUUACUAUGCAAUUAUCAAAAGAUAUAUGACGCUGUGUUCCAUGCUGAAGAAGUAUUGCAAGAGAGCGACACAAUUUUUGCGCAGUAAUAGAAGAAUCCUGAAAUCUAGCAAGCUUCGUCGAAGACAAGGGCAAAAUUCGUGCUGCAAAUAUCAUUUCUUAAAGCAAUUCAUUGCCACUUGCCAUUAUGUCUCAUCGUUAUAUUAAACAAAGUAAAAACUAUAAUGACAUCAUGAAAAACACAUAAUUCUAAUUAAUGUAUUUUAAUCCGUACACAUCAAUAGUAUCGAUUAUUUUUAAUAAGGCGACAAUUUUUUACAAUAUUUUUGUUUAAAUGUUGCUUUGUACAACUCAGCUUUACUUUUAAAACGAAAUAUUUUUUGAUGUAACAAACAUAAAUAACGGAUAAGACAUUACACAGAAAAAAAUUUUUUAUAUUUAAUUAUACUUAAUUAUUAAAUGUAAUUACAUAUAAAUUUAUAUAAUUUUCUCUCUCUCUCUCUCUCUCUCUCUCUCUUUCUCUCAAUACCGAUAUUAAGUAGUAUCAUAAGAUAGUAUCAUAAGAUAAAUUCAAUGUAUCAUAAGAUUAAAUUAAUUAUAAGAUUGAUUU